AGAUGCGCUGAGCACAGCCCCAGCUAUGGUUGUCUCAGCAAAGGAGGACGAGGAAGACGAUGACGGGGAGGAGGAGGGGGAUGAUGGUGACGGGGAGGAGGGGGAAGCUGAUAACGGGGAGGGGAAGGGAGAUGACCGGGCGGAGGAGGUGGCAGACGACGAUGGGGAGGAGGAGGAGGAUGACGACGGGCAGGAGGAGGUGGACGACGACGACGGGGAGGAGGUGGCAGAUGACGACGGGAAGGAGGACGUGGAGGAGGUGGCAGCUGACGACGGGCAGGUUCGAAGGGAGGAGGAGAAGGAAGAUGGCGCAGGAGAAGAGAGGGAGGACGAUGACGACGGGGGGAGGAGGAGGAAGACGAUUAUGGGCGGAAGAGGAAGCCAACGACAACGGGUGGACGGAGGAAAGGAGGGGGAGGAGGGGGAGGAGGAAGAUGGCGCUGAGAAAGAUGACGGACAGGAGGAGGUGGAUGAUGAUGAUGGGGAGGAGGUGGCAAACGAGGAUGUGGAGGAGAACGGGCGCAAUGCCACGGAGGAGGGGGAAGCUGAUAACGGGGAGGGGAAGGGAGAUAACCGGGCGGAGGAGGUGGCAAACGACGAUGGGGAGGAGGAGGAGGAUGACGACGGGCAGGAGGAGGUGGUCGACGACGACGGGGAGGAGGUGCCAGAUGACGACGGGAAGGAGGACGUGGAGGAGGUGGCAGCUGACGACGGGCAGGUUCGAAACAAUGAUGGGGAGGAGGAGGAGAAAGAUGGUGAUGGAGAAGACAGGGAGGACGAUGACGACGGGGGGAGGAGGAAGACGAUUACGGGAGGAAGAGUAAGCAAACGACAACGGGUAGACAGAGGAAAGGAGGGGGAGGAGGGGGAGGAGGAAGAUGGCGCUGAGAAAGAUGACGGGCAGGAGGAGGUGGCAGAUGAGGACGAGGAAGAUGGCGCUGAGAAAGAUGACGGGCAGGAGGAGGUGGCUGAUGAGGAGGAUGAAGAUGGUGCGCAGAAAGAUAAUGGGCAGGAGGAGGUGGCAGAUAAGGAGGAGGAAGAUGGAGGGCAGGAGGAGGUGGCAGAUGAGGAGGAGGAAGAUGGCGCUGAGAAGAGAGGACGAUGGGGAGGAGGAGGAGGAAGAUGGAGCUGGAGAAGAGAGGGAGGACGACGACGACGGGGUGGAAGAGGAGGAAGACGAUUUUUGGGAGGAGGAGGACAAUGAUGAUUACGGGAGGAGGAGGACGACGAUUACGGGAGGAGGAGGAUGACGAUGGGGAUGAGGACGUGGAGGACAACGGCCGCAAUGCCGCGU